GUCCUGGUCAUGCAGGGUCCGGCAUGCAGCAGAUCUGGAGGAGCGGAAAGGAAGCGAAGACCGCCAUGGCGGACCGAGACUUGGAAAGGAAAAAUCAAGCUCGCGGGGUUGUCUGGACCAAGGAUGGUUACUAUCUGAGAAUUGAUCCCAAGGCGGCGAAUUUCAAGGACAAAGCACAUCUGCAGCAGUUGGAUGACUGCUCCUGCAAUGGCUCGACUGAUGAAGACUCGGGCCCGAGAUGCAGCUGCAGUGGCCAGCCUUCCAUCGGCACAGUUGACCCCAGCAUGUCACCAUCUGAAAGAACCUACUGGGAUGAGUCCUCCUCCUCCUCCUCCUCCUACUCCAGCAGCAAGCAGAUCCUUGCAGCCAAACCUUCCAUCGCAGCAACCGCAGACAGCAUCAACAGCUACCUGCAGGACCUGCUGCUGGCCAACCAGAAGCAGGGGAAGAACGUGGCGAAGCUGAGCACGACGAUCAAGAAGCUGCAGGACCGCGUGACGAGGGACCCGCAAUCGCGAGACCUUGUGGCGAGGAAGCUUCAUCUGCUUAGAAGCUCGAUGAUGAAGUCACAGAAGCUGCAGGACGUGGACAGCGUGUACAUCGCGCCGUCGGUGGACGACCUGGACAACAACCUGCAGGGAGUGCUGACGGAGGUUGAUCGUGUGGAGAUCCCGGAGCUGGACGAGGAGGAGCGAGAAGGGGGAGUGAUAGUGAUGCAGGGAGUGAAGGUGCAGAAGCUUGACAGUAUCGACGGUUGCACAUGCUCUGGCUUCACCGACGAGGACAAGGGUCCUCGCUGCUCUUG